GGAAGUGACGGAACCAUUUCCGGUCCCGUCCAGGCCCUGGAGAUGAAUGGAGGCCGACGGUGCGGUGUGACAGAGACUGACUGACACACACACACACACAGAGACAUGUCGCUGCUGCUGCAGGAGCAGCCAUUUUAAAUACAGACUCGGACGGACAGAAGCAGAGAGAGAAGGGGGUGACGGUGGUGAGAGAUUUCUCUCUCUCUGUGUGUGAGAGCGGCGGCCACGGCCCCGGGGCCCCGACACGAGGCGGCCACAGGGGAACACGUGACCCGACACCGAAAAUUUAUUCAAAAUGUCGUUCCGUGGAGGUAGGGGUGGUGGAGGAAGAGGAGGAGGCUUCGGUGGUGGAAGAGGAGGCUUUGGUGGUGGUAGAGGUGGAGGUGGAUUCCGAGGCCGUGGUGGGCGAGGAGGCAACUUUAAUCGAGGAUAUGAUAUGGGACCACCAGAUAGUGUAGUGGAACUAGGACAUUUCAUGCACCCUUGCGAAGAUGACAUUGUUUGCAAGUGUACCUCGGAAGAAAAUAAAAUCCCAUAUUUCAAUGCACCAAUUUACUUGGAGAACAAGGAACAAAUUGGGAAAGUUGAUGAGAUCUUUGGACAGAUCAGAGAUUUUUAUUUUUCAGUUAAAUUAUCAGAAAACAUGAAAGCUGCUUCCUUUAAGAAACUACAAAAGUUUUAUGUUGAUCCUGCAAAAUUACUGCCACUUCAGCGAUUUUUGCCUCGGCCAGCGGGUGAAAAGGGCCGAGGAAGAGGAGGCCGAGGAGGCCGCGGUGGAUUUGGAGGCAGAGGACGAGGGGGUGGUGGUUUCCGAGGAGGAAGGGGAGGUGGUUUCAGAGGAGGUGGUGGAGGUGGUUUCAGAGGAGGUGGUUUCAGAGGUGGAGGUGGUUUCAGAGGAGGCAGAGGUGGUGGUGGUGGACGUGGCUUUAGAGGAGGAAGAUGAAAACAGUGGAUGUUUCAAGAUUGGCCACAAAAUAUUUACCAUUUUAGUCCUCCUGCGAGUCCAGAAAAUGGAGUUCCUUUUAUGAACUGCAAGAAGUCUGAAGAACAUUGUUUUUUUAUCAAAAUAAAAGUAGUUUAUUGUCUGUAAAUGUUAAUGUUAUUACAAUUCUAACAACAUUUUGUAUUAUUCACGCAGCAAUACGGUAACAUCUCUUGUUUUUUGGUAUCGAUUUGGAUUACAUUUGUUUCAGAGUCCAGUAGGUCAGACUGAUCAACGGAUUAUAUACUGAUUGAAAUUCCUACUAUUGAACCCAAUAGUUAACCUACUAGUUCUUGAUAAAUUUGUGUACAAAACAGUGAAAAAAAUGGAUUUAUAUUGAAGUAAAGAAUUGGUCUGUACAACAACAGUUUUAUUGGUUUUAACAAUAUUCAGUCUACAGAACUGGUUCAAACUGUUAAGUAUUUCAUUAUGAUAUUUGUUUUAAAAUAAAUACUGUUUUUACAUAAA